AUGAUAUGGAAAUCUGUUAUUGAUGCAUAUUUUAUUUGUCAAUAUUGUUUGCCUGAUAUAGUAACGAAUUUAAUUCAUUUUAACUUUUAUAUCUCUUCUCAUUGUCCAUUAUUACCAACUGAUAUUCAAAAAAUAACAAAUUCAUUUCAAAUUCAUCCUCUUUUUAUUGACCAUCAUUGGACAAAUGUUGAAUGUGUUUAUGAUCCAAUAAGAUCAUAUCAACACAUUUUCUCAUCUACUGCGAAGAAAAUACAACUUUUUGAUUGCUUGACUAAUCAUACAUAUAUUUUUCAAUGGCCACAUCUUCGACAUAUUUGGAUUAAUCUUCAUCCAUCACUUUAUUUAUUUCUUGAACGACUUAAUGAAAUAUUUCCAAAUGUUUUUUCGAUCGCAGUUAAUAUGGUUGGACACGACGGAUCAAUAAAUCGAAACGUAGCACGGGCAAAAGUACUUGCCCAUCUUAUUUCAAUGUCUGUUCAACUUAAAUAUCUUCUAGUUGAAAAUUUCGAAUGGCUUUUGCAUGUUGUACAAUAUGCAUCUGACGAACUCAGAGAAAAAGCUAUGAACACUGUUCAAUGUGCUGAAAUGUGUAUUCCAAGUUGUCAUUAUGGUUCAAAUGAAUUAAUUCAUAUUGGUAAACAACUUGUACCGUUUUUGAGCAAAUAUAUGCCUGAUUUACUAACCUUACGUCUUUGGCGGCGAGACGAUUUUCCUUGGACAUCAAGUAAGUUUAUUUUAAAUAAAAAACAAAACGAAAAUUGAUAUUAAUAAAAUUUUAUAUUAAUAUAUCGAAUUAUUCUAAAAUAAAGGAAAAACUACAUAAAGCAGAUGAUUGAUCGAUAAACUUCAUUAUAUGAAAAAAUGACUUCAAUAGAAUGAGAGAUGCAAUAGAAAACGUGAUUAAUGAAUCAAAAAUAGAUCAAAAGCUUUAUGAAACAGUACUUUGUAAACGUUCAACAUAAUUUCAAUCCGAUUUAUCUCAAACUUUAACUAAUUAUUCUUCUGUGUGCCAUUUAUCAUUGGUCAUAAAACUGGCUCAUACCAGCGAGCAAAAACAGUACGAAUGGUGUAUCAAGGAACCAGCAUAUUUUUCGAAAUUCUUAGUUUUGUGACUAUAAAGGCAUUUUGCAGCAUAAUUAAAGUGAUAUUUGCAAUCAACUCGCUGAGUUGUGUCGAACUAUAUAUCAAAGUAAAUGCUUCAUGAAAAAGGAAUCGAUUUUCAUGUUCGAUAGCAUUCCGAAAAUCUGUUUUUUCAUAUUUUGUAAACGAUCAAAACAAAUUAGGUUCAAUUAAUCGUAAAAUUUCGCUGACUAUUCUUCCAUGUCUAGUCUAUCAUUAAUCAUAGCGUGACUGUGCAUCGAUGAGUACCGCCGAUGUGAUAAGUCUGUGAAAAAAACAUGAUUUUUGUCUCGAAGUUCCUUUUUUUUCCAAAUAAGACAUUAUUGUAGAGCAAAGCCAAUGUGAUAUUCAGAAUCAGCUCACCGAACUACAUCUAAUCACACAACAUAAAAGGCAAUUUUUCUUCAAAAAAAAUGCUUUGAUCUUUCUACAAGCAAAGAUUAAAAAAUGAGUUAUACUAUUCUUCAAAUUCUACAAACAGUUAACACCGAAUUUAACUUAAAAUUUUAGCUAAUAUUUCUCCAAAUGUGAUUUACAAGGAGUUAUAGCACAGAAUAGAGUUAGACGAUGUCAACUGAAUUAGUGGUACCCAAAAGCAUUUUCUUUUAUCCAAAGUUCCUGUAUUUGUCCUUACAAUAAUAUCUUAGCGCACAAUGAUAUUGAUAUUCGAAACCACCGUCUGAAAUUCCUUCGUUUGAUAUGUGACACAAUUUAUUUUCUAAGAAAGAGCGUGUUUCAGAAAAUAUACAAAUAGUUUUCACAAAAGGAAAUUUCUAACAACUAGUUUUCUUAAAAAUAAGUUCCUAAGUGAUGCAUAAUUAUUUCCAAACAAAUAAAAUUCGUUUCCAAUUAUGAAAAAUAUCAUACCAUCGUACUGUGCUUUUGAUUUUCGAUUUAUGAAGAAGUGACAUACACGAGAAUAUCAUUAUUUGUUUAAAUUUUACUCAUAUUGUGGUCAUUAUAUUAUGCGCAAAUAAGAGAAGAAAACAUUUAUAUUUCAAAACAUCGUGAUUGCAAAAGGUACAUACGAGUCAGCUACGUAUCAAAUAAAAACUCAUCUUUUCACUUUGAAAGUAACUUUGGAAACUAGGAAUAGGUCAAAAACAACUUAAAGACAUGAGUUUAAGAUUUUCUAAAUCAAUAUCGAUCAAUUUCAGAGUUAGCAUCUGCAGAAACUUAUAAUGUUGAAGCUUUUUGAAAUUUUUCAAGAAAAUUUCGCUUAAUAUUUGUUCGUUAGACGAACGAGAUAGACCGAGAAUACCUGCCUAGCUGAGUAUAAUGACGAAAACGACUCGAACCGAUGUAUCAGUUAAGGGUGAGACGCAAAGGUGACAUUAGAUGAUGUAUUAGCUGAGAGUGAGGAUUAAUUUCUUUUAAUUAUGGCUGUGUUUUGGUGCGAUUAAAGUAUACUGUAUUGUAACAAUAAAAUAAAUCCAAGUAAAUCGACUUUUUAAACAAAUAAGAAAAAUUAUAAAUUCCAGUGGCCCCUGAUGCUAACUAACUGUGGAAGUAUUUUACACUAUAGUAUCAUAAUAUUUCUAUCCAGUCGUGUGUAAUUCAUGUACCUUACGCAACAUGCUUGCAUCAACUGCGUUGAGGCAUACUUAUUAGGAAAUAUGCCCCUAUCUUAUAAGCUGUGUUAUAUACUGUAACUGUUAAGUAUUUAGCUCUUGCGAUGUUCUGAUCAUAAGAAAUUGAGUUUAUUUCACUAAGAGAAAGGUUGAAAUUGUAAGAUACUAAGUACGUCUAAUGGAAUUAGCUUCUAUGAAAUGUGUAUUCGAUAGUAACUGCCGUAAUUUUUGCUUUGCGUACUCUGCUUACCUGGUGAAAAUUUUACUGAUAAAAAUCGAUUAAAAUUUAAAAAAUCUUAUGGACAUAAUCAACAUAAUCAAAAAUCUGAUUGAUAUUUUUGAUCAUAAUUGAUUACCAAACACAUAGAUUUCAUGUAUGGUUUCUCAAGAUAGCGAUUGGUAAUCUUUCAGACUGAUAGUUCUUGCAAAAAUAUCCUUUCAACGAAAAUUCUAGGCUUCAAAUCUUAUCGAUUAAAGAGCCUAGAGUGAGUCGAAAAUAUUUUCGCUUGAUUGAUUUCGAUAGAGUCGGUUACAUUAUGCCGAGGAUGGCGUAGUGCUUCUAUGCGUCUGAUGCUCAGAUAUCAUAAAGUUUGAUUCUUUUCCCCCCAGCGCGGUGUCGUUUUGCCCAAGAUGAACGAUAAUGGAAGAAUAAGAAUAGACAAACAAAACAAGGCGAAAAUAUGUCUAUUACGUCAUCGCUGCUUCGAUAUCGAUAACUGCAACUGUUUUCUGCUCCACGUGUUUCUGUUUCUGUAUGUUAUCGUUAUCUUAUCUUUCGUAAGCGUUUGGAAAAAUAUUGUAAAAAGUCACCAAAACAACGAUGAGCAUCACGAAAUAAAUAUGCAUAAUCAAAAAAAAAGAUGCAGUCUGUUGCAUUUUGAAUAACUCACGACAGUUGUUAUCUACCGAGGUCAGGUUUUCACGAUUGAGAAUAUGACAUUUGGGGUUAUUCAAACAUGUAAGAAUCAAACGACUCGCUCAAAUCUGCGAAGAUUUUCCAGAAAUCCUCUGGAAAAUUAGCCGUGUGAGAACUCAGAAUUUUAAUUUUUUGGAGUGGAUACGAAUCUCCGUCAUAUGACUCGUAUAAAUCCAUGUAGGAUCGAGAUGACUAACUUGUUCUUUCUAGAGACUAAGUGGGUUUUACAGAGACCCC